UUCUUUAUCAGUGUUAUUUUAUUACGUCAAUCGUACAUCUAUUAUAUUUUUGUUUAUUGAAUCAGUGUGUGUUGCUGUGACAUGAUUCAUUAAAAGGCUAAAUUCAAUUAAAAAUGUUUGAUCUUUUAAUAUAAGGGUAGAUUUUGUCUACGUCAGGUGUAAUAAGUUAUGAAGAUUUAAAUUAUAAUGUGACGUGAUUGGGUGCGUGUGUGUAUGUGUGCGAUGUCGAAGGGAAACUUAAAAGAAUAUAAGCAUCAUUUAGUUGAAAAUAAGUCAAAACGUCAGCAAGAGGAUCAAAUAGUUCAGACGCAACAACAACAUUUUGAUAAUUCAUCACAACCUCCAGUACUAUCACCAAUAUCUUCACCAUCAUCAUCAUCUUCUUCAUCGUCUUCAUUGUCAACAGCAUCAUCACCCCCUCCGCCACGACCAUUACCUCGACAAAAAAGUCUUCAACAACAAUUUGUUGAAGAAAUCGACUACAAUGAAAUCGAAACAGAAGAGGUUGUGGGCAAAGGAUCUUUCGGAGUUGUAUGGAAAGGAGUAUGGCGUGGACGUUACGUAGCAAUAAAACACAUAAAUACCGAAGGAGAACGAAGGGCAUUUGCAGUUGAAGUAAGGCAGUUAUCUAGAGUAUCACAUCCAAAUAUUGUUCGGCUUUACGGUGCUUGUACAAAAGAUCCAGUUUGUCUGGUAAUGGAAUAUGCUGAAGGAGGAUCUCUUUAUAAUGUUCUCCACUGUGAACCAAAACCACGGUAUACUGCCGGCCAUGCAAUUAGUUGGGCUCUUCAAUGUGCUCGAGGUGUAGCUUACCUUCACAAUAUGAAACCUAAACCGUUAAUUCAUAGAGAUUUGAAGCCACCAAAUUUACUUUUAGUUCUUGGAGGAAGAACUUUAAAGAUUUGUGAUUUUGGAACAGCAUGUGAUUUAAACAGUUAUAUGACAAAUAAUAAGGGAUCGGCAGCGUGGAUGGCUCCAGAAGUAUUUGAAGGUUCUAGAUAUACUGAAAAAUGUGAUGUUUUCAGUUGGGGAGUGAUAUUAUGGGAAGUUCUAGCGAGAAGGAAACCAUUUGACGACAUUGGAGGCUCAGCUUAUCGAAUCAUGUGGGCGGUACAUGUUGGACAAAGACCACCAUUGAUUGAAGGUUGUCCCAAACCUAUUGAAGAUCUUAUUAAAAGAUGUUGGGAGAAAAAUCCUGAAAAAAGACCAGCAAUGGACGAAAUUGUAGAAAUAAUGGAUAUCCUUUCAGAGUUUUUCACUGGAGAUUUAGAACCUGUUGAAUAUACUCCUUCGGAAGAAUUUCCGGACAAUGAAGGAAGUAAUGAAAAUACAAUUGAUGUUACUUGGAAUUCUAGUCAAAUCAAUGGCGAUUUUUCAGCUAAUGGUCUAGAUAGUCAGUCACAAGUUGAUUAUCAAACCCAAACUUAUAAUCAAGAGCAGCUUGACCGUUUUAAACGCCCUGAUUCUCUGCAAAUAGCUCAAGGAAGUAAUUCUGCUAUGUCUAAACAAUAUUCUAAUGCUUCUAGAAAUCGUGUUAAAGAUGAAUGUGAUGAAAGCAAUAAAAGACGAAUAGAUACGUCUAAAAUAAAUUUACCACCAACUCCUGCAGUAAGAAAUAAUAAAGUAAAUGAUUCAAGUAAUAAUUUCCAACCUCUUCACAUUGAUUGUGAUCCUAAUGCUUGGGAUCAUGCUACAUCAUCAGAUUCUUCUUGGGAGCUUCAAAACAAUCCUGGCCUGGAUAAAAUGGGUCCUAAAAAUAAGAAAAUUGAUCGCAGUAGUAAUAAUGACAAUUUAGACGAUGUCUAUCGACUAUUAGAUGCUGAUCUUCGACCUCUUACGCCAGACAACACGUGUCAAUUAUCGAUAAAUAUAUUUGAAGAACAUAAGGCUCUUGCUGAAGAGUACCUCAAAGUUCAGACAGAAAUUGCUCUAGUGAGUCAGUAUAAAAAUGAUAUGUUAAAAAGUUUAAGUGCGGAUAGCAUAAGACAACAGGAGGAACUACGAAAGCUUGAAGACGAAAAAGAAUCUUUAAUAAAAUUAUAUCGCAAUUUGAAGAGACAACUGGAGAUAAUGAAAGGCCAGAGAAGACCUGGAACUUCGUCUACAACGAAUCCUUUAGUGAGUGAUGAUGGAUGGGUUUGUGUGCCUCGACAAGAACCUUCACGGAUAUCAUAAUUAAUUAAUUAAUUACCUGAAGGUUGACUGAUUAAUGUAAUAUUUUUUUAAUUUCUUAUGUUAUUCUUUUCUUCACUUUAUCUUGUUCUCGUACAAUUAUAAGUCUUUAUAAAUUAAUUGACUAUUUUAAAUAUACUAUUUUUGUGACGCAAUAAAAAAAUGAUUGAG